AUCUCUCCAUGAUACCCAACUCUGCUUGUUGUACAUCUGGAUUCCGGUCUAUAUAAACAGCACCAACUUUAGCCAGGUAAUUUGGCUUCUCCUCCUCUCCUCUCUUCUCUUCUCAAUUCCAUCUUUUCUCCAUCGGAUUAUACAAAGAAUAGUCUUUUAAUCUGUUAUUAACCCAAAACCCAUUACAAUAAAACCCAAAAAACCCAAAAAUGGCUUCCCCUGUGAAGAAUGUGGGAAUUCUUGCCAUGGAAAUCUACUUCCCUCCUACCUGUGUUCAACAGGAAGCAUUGGAGGUUCAUGAUGGAGCUAGCAAAGGAAAGUACACCAUUGGACUUGGACAAGAUUGUAUGGCAUUUUGUACUGAGGUGGAAGACAUAAUCUCAAUGAGUUUGACAGCUGUGACCUCGCUUCUUGAGAAGUAUAAUGUUGAUCCUAAACAAAUUGGCCGGCUUGAAGUAGGUAGUGAGACUGUCUUAGACAAGAGCAAAUCUAUCAAGACAUUUUUGAUGCAAAUAUUUGAGGAACACGGAAAUACAGACAUUGAAGGUGUUGACUCGACAAAUGCAUGCUAUGGUGGAACUGCUGCACUAUUUAAUUGUGUAAAUUGGGUGGAGAGCAGUUCAUGGGAUGGACGUUACGGUCUUGUUAUAUGCACAGACAGUGCGGUUUAUGCCGAGGGACCAGCUAGACCCACAGGAGGGGCUGCUGCUAUUGCGAUGCUCGUGGGACCAGAUGCACCCAUCACUUUUGAAAGCAAGUUGAGAGGCAGCCAUAUGGCUCAUGCCUAUGACUUUUACAAGCCCAACUUAGCAAGUGAAUAUCCGGUUGUUGAUGGGAAAUUGUCGCAGACCUGUUAUCUCAUGGCAGUCGAUUCUUGCUAUAAACUUCUUUGCAACAAGUAUGAGAAAUUCGAAGGCAAGCAAUUUUCAGUUAACGAUGCUGAUUAUGUUGUUUUCCAUUCUCCAUACAACAAGCUUGUACAAAAGAGCUUUGCCCGAUUGAUGUACAAUGAUUUCUUGAGAAAUGCCAGCUCAAUUGAUGAAGACGCUAAGGAGACGAUGGCCCCAUACUCCAAUAUAUCUAUCGAGGAAAGCUAUCAAAGCAGGGAACUUGAAAAGGUAACUCAAUCCGUUGCGAGGUCCUUGUAUGACGAAAAGGUGAAACCAACCACUUUGGUACCAAAGCAAAUUGGAAAUACUUACACUGCGUCUCUAUAUUCAGCAUUUGCUUCCCUUAUUCACAACAAACACAGUGAAUUGGUGGGCAAGCGGGUCUUAAUGUUUUCUUAUGGAAGCGGUUUGACAGCUACGAUGUUCUCACUUCAGUUCAAUGAAGGCCAGCAACCCUUCAGCUUGUCUAACAUUGCCGCAGUUAUGGAUGUUGCCAACAGGCUGAAGUCGAGGCAUGAGUUUCCACCCGAGAAAUUUGUCGAUACCUUGAAGCUGAUGGAGCACAGAUAUGGGGCGAAGGAGUUUGUGACGAGCAAGGAUACCAGCCUAUUGGCUCCUGGAACGUACUUCCUAACUGAGGUCGACUCCAUGUACCGACGUUUUUAUGCCAAGAAACCUGCUAAUGAUUCUAACCAUGCAUACCAAAAUGGUUCGCUUACCAACGGUCAUUGAUUACUUUGGGUUCGUUAAUUCGCAAAACGGUUCAACCGUGAAAUCGAAGUGUCUUUUGUUGGUUGCAGCUUUGGAGUUUGUUUAGAUGGAUUCUACUAGUGUGAGCUUGUAUUUCAUAUGUUAAACUAAUUUAUUUAUUUACUACUAGUAUUAGUGUUGUUUCAAACAGUUAAAAUGUGUCCUAUGCUAUAGUUUGUAGGCAUUUUAUUGUUUGCCUAAUUUUUUUGGUAUUGCACAAAACAAAAUAAGGUACUUCAUAAAA